UUUAUUAAAAAAAACCUAAACAUGCCAAUGUUAUAUAAAUAGUAUUGCCAUUUGAAUUUGAAUGAUACAUACACUGAUCUAGGGUUUUGGAGUUGAGCUUCAUUCAAACUGAUCAUAUCAUGUCAAACAACAGCCGCGAAGCACCAGAGCUGACGGCAGCUUCUGGAGAUGGUGGUGGUCUGUCGGAGAAGCUUCUAAACCUUAGAAGACUCCAAUCGAAAAUGGAGCGGAGCCCGUAUGACUACAUGUCGGAGCUUUUUGAUAUUCAGUCUGAGUUCAAUUCUUCCCUCCAACUCUUUUAUCAACAUGCUGCCAUCAAAAUCCUUCCCAUCGAUCGUGACCUAGUAAACGUCGCGUCAGAUCCAAUCUCCCUAGCUGAAAACCUAGCAGAGACUGCAUCGUUCCUCGGACGAGUUGCCAUUUACUACCCUGAACGUUUUGCCCUCAAUGAUUUCCCUUCAAGACUCUUCCAUUUACUCUGUAACUCCUGUCGCCAGAUUCCUUCCAAUCCCCGCUUCAAACUCGCACAUGCUCUCACUCUAGUCUUUAGGAGUGUCUGUAUUGAUCAAUCGCUGUCGUUGUUCAUGGAAUUACAAACUUUAGGCGAUGAAAAGCUUACAAAAUUGGCAUCAAAUCACAUUUUUCAGAGCAUAUGGGAUAUACGUCCUAAUCAACAUAGGACCCGAAAACUUCAGACUCUCAUGUUUAACAUGCUACUGGAAGCGAAAGAUGCAGUUGCCAUGAGAGUGCUUGUGAUUCUGUGGAAGCUUUACAAGAGGGAAGUGUGGUUUGAUGAAAAAACAGCAAAUGCAAUUUGCACCGCCUCUUUCCAUGAAACAUUGGGGAUCAUGACAGUGGCAUUAUCAUCUCUGCUCAAGAAUAAGGAGCCGAUGAUUGAGAAUGACAAAGAUCAUUAUGAUUCAGACAGCGGUGUUGAUUCACCACUAAACCAUCUGACAGAUAAACAGAGUUUUGCAGAGAGGCUGUUCUCUCGUCUUCAGCACUUUAAAGAAGGAUCUGAGGUUAAGAUGAUGAUGUUGAAAUUGAUUGCUCGAGUAAUUGGACUUCACCAGUUAACGCUGUUGGACUUUUACCCUUUUGUUCGGAAAUAUAUCCAGCCGCAUCAACCAGACAUUAUAAAUUUGCUUCCAGCAGUGGUUCAAGCUUGCCAUGAUAAGGUUCCUUGUGAUGUUGUCAAGCCCUUGCUCAUACAAAUAGUAAAUCAGUUUGUAAAUGACCGCUCACGUCCAGAGGCCAUCACUAUUGGACUAAACGCUGUCCGGGAGAUAUGCAUCCGCAUGCCAAUGUUAAUGAAUGAUGACUUGCUACAAGACCUUGACCUAUACGAGAAAUCACAUGAGAAGGCAAAUUCAGUAGCCGUUCGAUCUCUGAUUACCUUAUUCCAAGAGUUUUGUCCUUUUGACAGUAAGGCAAAGGCAACACCAAAGGCCUAUGAAGGAGUCGAUUUUGCAACUGAUGUUCUUGGGGAUGAGUUGUUAACCGACCAUGACGAGGAAGAUGAUAAUGACCAGGAAGAUGAUCAGAUGACUAUCGAUGAUGAAAGUUUGGGUACAGAAAGCUAAACAGAAGACUCAAUAAAAAAGAGGAAGUUUAGUCAUUUUAGUGGUAAACCUACGUACGGCUGAUAAUAAAGCACGUUUUUUUGCAAUGGUUUUUUGUAAUCUAACUCUGAAAUGCUAUGGAGUUUUACUCAUAUUCAAGAUCUCUGCAUUCUUUGGCAUCUUA